AUGUCAGGGUUCUGGGCACCCGGACUGCGGUCACGAGGAAAAGACUGGAAUGCAUCAGCUCCGCCGAGGGGUACCACCCAAAGGCAAAUAUGCCUCAGAAACGAGCGGAAAGCUACCCCUCGCAAGCAAUGUUUCUCAUCCGAUACUUUCACACCUACAUAUGGAACCGAUGACUCUGGAUAUGAGCUAUCGGCAUCGAUCAAAGAAAGGAGCACCAGUGAACCCAAGCAAACCUUAUUUCCCUGCUUGCUCGACGGCUGCAGGCAGGUCUGUAACAGUGCCACCGACCUUGCACGCCACCGGCAGUGUCUUAGACAUCGUGCUCCUGAAUAUUCAUGCCUGGGUUGCCGACACCCGUUUACUCGCCCUGAUGCUUUAAAGAGGCAUCUAAAUGGAAAGUCUUCAUGCAAACAGGCGCAUCGAGCGGCUCUGGUUGCUAGGAAGGCUUAG